AUUGGUGGUCAAAGCACCUGCAGCUUCGAGCUAAAAAAUGUUAGGACAGGCUAUUGCGAUUUUUCUAUGUCUGGGCUUGGCAGCAGCCCUGCCAGCCGAUUCUGGACGAUCAAGCUCCGUGACAACGGUGUCAAUUGUCAAGGGCCAUGGCUACCCACUUGAGGAGCACACUGUUCAAACCUCAGAUGGCUACAUUCUGACCAUGCACCGAAUUCCCUACUCCAAAAAUACUGGCAAUGAUGGUGAAAGGCCUGUGGUCUUCCUGAUGCACGGACUGUUGUGCUCCUCUUCGGAUUGGGUCCUGGCAGGUCCUCAUGCUGGUCUGGCGUACCUGCUCUCCGAGGCUGGCUACGAUGUUUGGAUGGGCAACGCCAGAGGCAAUACCUACUCCAAGAAGCACGCCACAAAGUCUCCUCUUCUGCAGCCUUUCUGGAACUUUGAGUGGCACGAUAUUGGAAUAUACGACCUGCCCGCCAUGAUUGAUUACGUCCUGUACUGGACAGGUGUAGACCAAGUCUCCUAUGUGGGUCACUCCCAGGGAACCACCUCAUUCUUUGUGCUUAACUCAAUGGUUCCACGCUUCAAGAGUCGUAUUCGCUCGGCUCACCUUCUGGCCCCUGUCGCCUGGAUGGACCACAUGGAGAGUCCUUUGGCCAAGGUGGGUGCCCCUCUCCUUGGACAGCCCAACGCCUUCGUCGAGGUGUUUGGCAGUGCCGAGUUCUUUGCCAGCACUGAACUGAUGAACCUGUUUGGAGCUCUGGUCUGCAAAGAUGAGGCAAUCUCCCAGUUUAUGUGCACCAACGUCCUGUUCCUACUCGGUGGCUGGAACUCCCCGUACCAAAACGAAACCUUGAUUCCCGAAAUCAUGGCCACCACUCCGGCCGGCUGCUCGGUGAACCAGCUAUUCCACUACUUGCAGGAAUACAACUCGGGCUACUUCCGGCAGUUUGAUUACGGAAAAACCAGAAAUAAGAAGGAAUACGGCAUCAAGACCCCGCCAGAGUACGAUGUUGAGACAAUCGAAGUGCCCACCUAUCUGUAUUACAGCGACAAUGAUUACUUCGCCAGCCUGGUAGAUGUGGAUAAGCUCCGGUAUACCAUGAACCCAAGUGCUCUGAAGAGCGCGUACCGCUUGCCGGAGGAAAAGUGGAACCACAUCGACUUCCUGUGGGGCCUGAAUAUCAAGGAAAUACUUUAUGAUCGGGUCAUAAAUGAUAUUAAAAAUGCAUAAGCUUUCGCAGCCAAUAAAGAAAAAUACGAUUGUGAUAUUAGGAGUUCAACGCAAAAA